GUCGCCGCCCGCCCCGGGACCGCCAAUGCGCGCUGUGGCGGUGAUCGCCGCGCUGGCCGUGCUGGCAGCGUGCCGGCCUGCCGCCGGGUCCUCGACCAACGCCACGGAGCCGGAGCGGUACGGGAGCCCUGGCCAGCGGGAGCCCGAGGCCCGCGAGGGGGAGGUCGUGUCGGGUCCCGACUACGAGGAGGAUGAGGAGUACGAGGAGGCGCUGCCCGUCCACCAGUACAUCGUGGACGACUUGAUCCGAGUUGAACCUGUGGUUAAACCCAAGCACAAAGAGGGGGGUGAGAAGAAUGCUGGCAAAUCAAGAAGGAAGAAAAACAAAGGGAAAAACAGAAAGAAAGGGACUCCCUGUGAAAUGGAAUACAAAAACUUUUGCAUCCAUGGCGAAUGCGUAUACCUAGAACAUCUCCAGAUGGUGACCUGCAAGUGUCAUCAGGAUUUUUUUGGUGAGCGCUGUGGUGAACAGUUCAUGAAGACUCAAAGGAAGAAUGAUGUGGCAGACUACUCGAAGACUGUGUUGGUAGUGGUAGCUGUCCUGCUCUCAAGCAUCAGCUUCAUUACUGUACUUAUCAUUGUGAUAGUGCAGGUCAGGAAAAAGUGUCCUCAGUAUGAAGAGAAAGAAGAAAGGAAAAAACUUCGACAAGAAACCAGAAAUGGCCAUGUUGGUGUGUAAAUGAGGAGAACGCAGAACAGUUCUGAUGUGGCCACUGCCAAGCUGCAGGGUACCUCUGGCUACCUGACACAUCCACCUGGACACUGUGGGCUGGAGCUGUUGCCACUAAGCCCUGAUUCAUCAAGACAGAGGCUGCUGCAAGGAGAUGUCAACAUGCCACUUGCUGCUGAAUCGCUUGCUGGGGAGGACAGUUACCGCUACAUCUUGGCACAACGAUGUGGAAGGAGCUGCCACUGUGGGGUAGAGGACCUGCUAUUGAGAUCUGCUAGAGACUACUGCUACUGAGCCCUCUUUAUCAGCGCUGGAGCUCCAGUGUCUUCUGUUGUGUGGAUGGACUUUCUUCUUUUAGCAAGUCGUCUUUCGCAGCUCUAACACUAAGGGAGAGAGCUUGUUGCAGCUUUCAGGAAUGGCUGGAGGGGAGAAAAUUCCCUUCCCUCUCCCAAAGUGAAAAACGGAAGAGCUCUGGAUGGCUUCUCUCCCUAGACCUCAGUGGAUGAAAACCUAAUUCUGCUGUCACUGUGCUCCCUGUUGAUAUCAGCUUCAAAGAACUUCAUCGCUAGUUCUGACUUGCAGGGCGUUGGUGACAGAUCUUUGUCAGCCACACCUGGGUUCUGUUACUGUAUGUGUGGAAAGUAAUCCCUCUGAAUUCAGUAGGACUCUUGUGUGAGUGGAGCUAUCCAUUUGCAUGUGUGCUAGCCUGAGUUAAAAUUAGUCUCCUCAGGAUGCCGAGAUGGUAAACGCAAGAUCUGAAGCUCUGUAUCUGGAGGGAAAGAUCUGUGCUCAGACAGGCUGAUAAGCCUGGACCCAUCUGUUAUAAAGACAAAGAUACUUCUGUUACCCAGAUACUCGAUGCUGCUUUAAGCAGCCCUUAGAGUGUAAAAUGCUUCACAUCAGAUCCAGUCAGUUGAACUUGACCAAGAACCUGUUCCUUUGAAGAACUAAAUUCAUGCACUGACGCUCUGCAAACAGUGGUCUCUUGUGCUCUACUUUCUGGUGCGAAGAACUCGACUUACCUCAAACUUUUCUGACCCAAGUGUCCUUGGUUUCUUGAACUGUCCAUGCAGUCUUGAGCACAGAGUAUUAUUUGAGUUCAGUUUCUUCUUGGAAGAGUGAGUGUGUUCUGUAUAAACAGAGCAGAAUUCUUCUGGUAGCAGAGAAACACCAUUAAUUGUCAAGUCAUAUCUGUAAAUGUGUAAAUAUUUAUUACUGUAUUUAAUAUUUAAUGUUUCCAUAACAAACUUAUUUAUUUUAUAAUUAAACUUUUUACAUU